AUGACUCCUCUUCAUUCUGCAGAAGAAAAUCACUGUGAGGAUGCAGUUCAAACACUUGUUAUAAAUGAUAUUGAGAUUAAUUUAAAAGAUAAUGAAGGGAUAACGGCCCUGCAUAUUGCUGCAUGGAAUAACAGUAAAUCUACAUGUAAAAUUCUCAUUACUCAUGGUGCAGAUUUAAAUAUCAGAGAUAAUGAAUAUGGAAGAACACCUCUGCAUUAUGCUGUUGAAAAUAAUAGUAAUGAUGCUUUAGAUAUUUUAGCUGGAUAUGGUGCUGAUAUCAAUUCAAAAGAUUUUGAAGGGAAAACUGCAUUUCAUUAUGCAGUUGAGAAUAACAAUUUAGAACUUAUAGAAACCCUUAUUAACUAUUGGGCAGAUAUUAAUGCACAAGAUAAGGAAGGGAAAACACCUCUUCAUUACUCAGAAAAAAAUAAUCUGAAAACUAUCACAGAUUUUCUAAUUAUGAAUGGAGCAGAUAUUAAUUCAAAAGAUGAUGACGGAUUAACUAUUCUUCAUCAUGCAAUAUUAGAUAAAAACCUAGUAAUUUUAGAAGAUUUAAUUAUAAAUGGUGCAGAUCUUAAUGUCAAAGAUAAUAACGGAUUCACAGCGCUUCAUCACGCAGCAUUGAAUCGUUAUAGCAAAGAAACUUUAGAACUUCUUAUUUCCCAUGGAGCAUCUGUAAAUGCCAUAGAUAACAAUGAGCAAUCACCUCUUCACAUUGCAGCUUGGAAUAAUGAUAUUGAAUUUUUGGAAGUAAUGCUUUCGCAUGGUGCCUUUAUUAAUGCAAAAGACAAUAGUGGUGAAACCAUUCUUCAUCACGCUGCUUGGAAAAAUAGUAUAGAUUUCUUAGAAACUCUUAUCUUGAAAGGGGUAAAUGUCAAUUUGAAAGAUCAGAAUGGCCAAACUGCCCUACAUCAAGCUGUCUAUUAUAAUAAUUUAGAAGUAGCACAAAUACUUGUUGAAAAUGGUGCUGUAGUUAACUCACAGUAUGAAAAUAAAUGGACCCCUCUUCAUUAUGCAGCAUAUUAUAAUAGAAAAGAAAUAGCAGAAUUACUUAUUUCAAGUGGUGCUGAGAUCCUGGCUAAAAGUAAUAGCGGGAAAACUCCUCUCCAAUAUGCAACACUCAGAAAUAAUUCGGAUGUACUAAAAGUUCUUAUUGGUCAUUGCGCAAAUAUCAUUCAAAAAGAAGAUCUGCCUAAUGCAACAGAUAAUAAUGAUGGUGUUGCCGAGCCUCUUAUUAGACAAUAUGAGUAUCUACUUGAAAAGGUUCGUGAAUUAGAGGAAUCUCGUCAACGGCAAUACCUAUAUAAUAUGAAAGUUGCAGAGAUACCAUUAACUGGUCAAAACAUAUUAAAAGACAAUCAAGAAGGAAAGUCUCAACAGCAAACAAUAUGGAAUAGUAUUAAACAACAUUCGGAAUCAUCAAUAUGGCCAAAUAUGGAAUCAAGUAAUGAAAUGAUAAUUUCUGAUCCAAAACCAGUUUGGAGCAACAAAGAAGAAAAUUCAUCUGGUGAAAUAUGGCCAUCAGUAUCACCGAGUUUUCAAAGAGAUACAUCAUCACAUCAAAUUUCAUGGAAUAAUGUUAAAGGCGCAGCUCCAGCUGCUCCAAAAUGGCGAAAUGCGUCAAAGGAUUUCAAAUCAAAAUCAUCUAUUGCACGUUCACGGAUUUGGCCAGUUACUUCGAAAAUCAACCCAAUUCAAGAAAAAACCAGACAAUUACACGAGAAUACUACUAAUGAAACAGAUGUUUUUACCACUUGGCCAGAUACAUCACAAACUUACAAUCCAUCAUCCAACGCGACAUUUGAAAUUGAUCCUCCCGCUAAAUCUACUAAUCGAACAAAGUGGAAUAAUAGAGAAGAUUCGGAGCUCACUUCUCUUUGGGAAAAUGCUGAUAAUAAGCAGAAAAGUUUUCAAAAACCAUCCUGGAAAAAUGUUAAAGAAAAACAAUCAUCCUCGUUUUGGGCAAAUUCGAAUCAAGGUGGAACUUCACUUCAUAAAAAUGCUUGGAACAGUAAGAAGACUGCAAAUACAACUCCCUUUUUCCAAACUCCACAAACCAAUGCUCUUCAUAUCGCUGCUAAAAAUAAUAAUGUUGCAUCAGCAGAGGAUCUUCUUUCAAAAGGAUUCAAUGUUAAUGAAAAGGAUCAUGAAUCUGGGAAAACACCUCUUCAUAUUGCUGCUGAAAACAAUAGUUCAGAGGUUAUAGAAAUUCUUCUUGAUAUUGGGGCAAAUAUUAAUGCUAAAGAUAACUCAGAAAGAACCCCAUUACAUUAUGCUGCACAAAAUAACAAAAAAGCAGCAGUUGAAAUUCUUAUAUCUCAUGGUGCAAACAUCAAUGCAAAAGAUAAGAAUGGAUAUUCGCCUUUGCAUUAUGCUGCUAUUAAUAGGCAAGGAAAAGAAAUGGUAGAAUUUUUAAUCUCAAAUGGAGCACGUAUCAAUUCUAAAGAUAAAGAUGGAUAUACACCACUUCAUCAUGCAGUUAUGAACAAUAGAAAAUUAACAGCUGAACUUCUUAUUGAGAACGGAUCUUAUCUCAAUUCUCAUGACAAAGAUGGGAACACUCCAAUGGCUUCAGCAUUGGAAUUCAAUAGCAAAGGAUCCAGUAAGCUCCUUAAAUCAAAAGGUGCAAAGAUUGAUACAUGGUAA